CUCGUUGGUCAAAGCAAUAUGGUGUCGCCCUGUAGGCAAUGUGAGCUUAAACAAGCCGUUCACCUCUCAAACCGAAGCUACCGUGUUUCUGUGUGAGCUGCAGCAGCUGCUGUCUUCGGCUUCAUGGCUCUGCGGGUUUGUGGACGCGUCCUCAGAGACUCCGCCAUCUUGUCCCGGCGGCUCGUCGUGUCGUCUCGACCGGAGCCUGCGUCAUGGCUCCUCACCGCGGGAAAUGCUGCCUGCAGCCGAGGAGGGAGGAACGGAUUUAUCUUCACUCCCGCUUGUUUUAUUACAUCAGAGGCAUUUCUCAACAGACUGAUGAAAGGCAAAGCAGCAGAGGCAGACGGCAACAUUUAUCGCCUUCCAGCCUCAGUUCCGCCAGAUAGCGGUGAACAAUUAUCUUUGUUACUGAGACAUCCAGAUCAGCCGGAAAACUCCAAGGUUUUGAAAGUGGCUAUAUUAGGUGCUCCAAACGCCGGGAAAUCCACACUGACUAACCAGCUGCUCGGCAGAAAGGUGUUUGCUGUGUCCAAGAAAGUACACACCACACGGUCACGAGCACUGGGCGUCCUGACAGAGAACGAUACACAAAUAAUCUUACUGGACACUCCUGGUCUCACCACCCCUUCAAAGGUCAAAAGACACCAGCUGGAAAAGUCUUUGCUCAUGGAUCCCUGGAGCACCGUUAAAGAAGCUGACCUAAUGGUAAUCAUGGUGGAUGUGGCAGACAGAUGGAUGUGCAGCAGGCUUGACUUCGAGGUGCAGAAAUGUCUGGCCCAGCACCGGCAUAUCCCAGCAGUCCUCGUCCUCAAUAAGGUGGACCUGGUGAAGGCGAAGGACAGACUGCUGGACAUCACAGCAGUGUUGACAUGUGGAAUAGUAAACGGACGCCGAAUGCGGGUCAGACCAGUCAUCAAGCCUCCGUGGGCUGAAAAGAGGCCAACAACGGAUUCAGAGUUAACGCUUGAUGAAGACAACACAGUACCCAACAACAGCAGCGACGAGCCAAACGCUGCACUGAGCAAAGAGCAGCUGAAGGAGCUGAGGAGCCAGCAGGGCUGGCCGCACUUCAAAGACGUCUUCAUGCUGUCCUCUGUGGACAGAGAGGAUGUGGAGACGCUGAAGACCUACUUUAUGGUUGCAGCCAAGCCAGGAUCGUGGCAGUACCACAGUGAAGUCCUGACCGAUCAGAGUCCAGAGGACGUCUGCACAAAUACCAUCAGAGAGAAGCUUCUGCAGUAUCUGCCCCAGGAAGUGCCCUAUUCACUGACACAGUCUAUUGAACUCUGGCAGGAUGGAGACGAUGGUGAACUCGAUAUUUCUGUGAAACUUUACACCAAGAAAGAAACUCACAUGAAGAUGGUGAUCGGGGCGGCCGGCCAGAUGGUGGCACAGAUAGCCCGAGAGGCGGGCGAGGACCUGAGCAAGGUUUACAUGAGGGAAGUAAGGCUGAAGCUCUCAGUCAAGCUGAGGAAGUGAAGAGGACGGAAGGACUUUCAUGGGGACGUUCUGAAGAGGUGGAAACUGAUCCUGCUGGAUUUAAGAUGACUCUCAGAGGACAGACUUGGAGUCGAUGGAGGCUCAUGCAGCAGCCACAGUCGUCCACAGAACUCCCACUGACCUGUUAUUUCUGAGAUGAUCCGUGUUAUGACUUUUAUGUCUUUAUGCAUCAGCAGCAUCCUUUCAUGCAGUCGCAGGAAACAUUAUUAAAGAUGUAUAUGGAGCUGUUACCUACCAGAUGCAGCUCUGAUAGUGGUGGGCUGCCUCCACUUCAUGCAGAAAUCUAAAUGUUGAUUAAACGCGGCCCACACAAGCUACAGAACAAACUAA